ACCUGUAACGUUGAAACUAUCAUCGGAAUGCCUGCGUCGAAUACAAUGCUACGCAGCGCCGAGGUGCCAUCUGUAUCGCCGAUUGCCGAACGAGUGUGCACUGUACGGUAGGUAGUUCGCUCUCGCCGCUCCCGUUCAGUUGUAUUUUGAAUUCCAACGUUUUUACCGUGAUUCUUUGUUUGCAUCGGUACUUCAAAUCACUGUCGCUAACCACCGACUUCCGACUGCACCGAGGAAAUCAUCAGUAUCGCCGGCCGAUUCACGCCCGAGUCAACCGCUGAUCGCCAACCGCUGUAACUACGUAGGUAUCUGUUACUUCUGUGAUGGCGCCCCCCAAAAAGAAGAUCAAGAUCACCGCAGGUCAUCAAGGACUUUGGGCAUUGAAUGUAUGCGUGGCUUGCAAAAAUCCUUUGAACUCUACUUCUAAGAUAUUGGAAUGUCUUCAUGGCUUGUGCCAACCAUGUUUUAUAUUGAAUUCUAAAGUACCAGGUCAUUUUGUAUGCAAAUGUGGAAAUGAAACUGAACUUUCAACCGGCCUCAUAAAUUAUUCUAUUGCUUGUGAAAAGUUUGAUGAAAGUACUUUAAGAAAUAAUUAUAUGGACCAGAAAAACCAAAAAAAAGAGUAUGAGAAAUAUAAGACGAAAGCCCCGUGUCCAAAUUGCGCUGAUAAAUUCAUGGAGCUAUAUUGCAUUACAUGCAAAAAAUUUCAUUGUGGACUAUGCCAUUUGAUGCAUCAUAGUAGCCACGAAUUUAAAACUAUAAACACAGUUAUGGAGGAGACCCGGUCAAGUUUAUUUAAAAAUAAAGUUGACUUAUGUAGAAAAUCCAAUUUUGUAAAUGAAGCAAAAUUAUGUUUAUUGAAAGAUAUAAAUAUACUAAACACACAGAUGGAUGAAAUAAAAAAAAAAAUAGAUAGACAAUUUGAGGAGAUUCGUGCCGAAUUGUUGAUGAUCGAAAUACAAAUGGAAUAUGAUGUAAAUACGUUUUACAAAGAAAAAUUGGAGAAGAUGACUAAAAUUUGUUCGGCAAUAGACAAAUUAACAGAAAAAUAUGAUUUUUAUCUGGAUUUUUCUGAGUCUGUCUUAAAGAAACAGAACAAUGCAGAUCUAGAUAUCACACAUUUGGUCAACAAACAACUGGAGAAUUUAAGAAACAGUUUUAUAGAUGAAAUUAAUGAAUUGGAUUCAACUAUUCCAAAUAUUGAUUUAAAAGGCAAGUUAGACGAUACACUGCAUAAGUUAAAAAAAUCCAUCACAAACAUUAUAGUUGAUGAUCUACACAAAUAUGAAGAAAAAAUUAAUGAAAUUUGCAAGACCAUGAGUAUUACAUCAUGUCCAGGAUACCUCGAUGCCACUAUGAGACAUAAAGCCACCCCGCCAACUAUAGUUGAUGAAAAACAAGUAAAAAUAAUAACCAAAUAUAAUUGCGCCCGACAAGAGAGGAAAAGUUUAACAUCUUUACAUCCAGAUACUAAUGACAAGAUUCAGGUGAUUCAGCAGCUUCACAACCAUUAUUUGCAACACCGUCUGGAAAACAGCGAAUCAGAGUCAUGGAAUAUAUUUACCACUGCGGAAAGCUGCAGAGAGAAUGAGGGACACCAAAAAAGAUCCCCAUAAAGAAGAAUGAAAAUUUCAAUUUAUUAUUUAAUUAUAAAUAUUUCAAACCUUGAUUUUAUAAUAUACUACUAUACUAAUUACUACCUAAGUAUAGGUUAAAUAACUUAUAUGUAAUAAUUAUAUUAGUUUUUAUAUUGUAAUUUGUAGGUAUAAAUAAUUUAUAAAUUAUAAUAAAAUAAUUGUAUACUGUCUAUUUCUAUAAUACUUUAUGAAAUUUACUUAUAAAUAAUGGAAUACUACAUAAGGGUGUAAAAAGGCUAAAAGGGUUUCAACCGUUUUAAGCAGGGGUCCAUUUUUUCAUUGAAAACUCUCUACAACAUAAACAUUACAUAAUACUUAAUAAUUUUUUUUUAAACCCUCUC